GGCAGGUUACUGGACACAGGAUCUCCAGGAGCAGGCUGGGAACCAGUUAUUGGCCAGUUUAGCUGGACAUCAGAGGCUGGCACGUCAGGCUGGGCAGCGGACAGAGGCACAUCAGGCUGGGGCACCAAGUCAUCUGGCACGACAGCGGGCACCGAGUCAUCUGGCACGACAGCGGGCACCGAGUCACCAAGCUCGACAGCGGGCACCGAGUCAUCUGGCAAGUCAGCGGGCACCGAGUCAUCUGGCAUGACAGCGGACACCAAGCCAUCUAGCAGAACCGCGGGCACCGGGUUACCAAGCUUGACAGCGGGCAACGAGUCAUCUGGUACGACAGCGGGCAACGAGUCAUCUGGCACGACAGCGGGCAACGGGUCAUCUGGCUGGAUCGGGCAUCCGGGCAUCAGGCUGAACAAAAGGCGG